AUGAAGUUGAAAGAUAAUAUAGAAGAUUUAAAAAGAUAUUUAAAAAUUGAAGAUAUAAAUGAAAUACAAACAGAUAACAAUGAUAACCAAGUGAAUGCUUUAGAAAAGUUAAAAGGACUUCCCUUAAUAAGUUUUAAAAAAUUGGUACAAGAUGUAGUUAAUGAGACUAAAAGAAGAGAAAAUGGCAGUUUUACUCAAAAUGAUAAAAUGCAACCAAAAUUUAUGAAAUUGUCAGACAGUAAAUUUAGAAAUUUAAUUAUUGAUGUAUUAAAAACAUACAAUGAAAAGUUUAUUGUGAGAGAUGAAGAAAGUUCAGUGAUAUCAGAUAAAAAGGAAAUAAAGAUAAACAAAAAAGAAUUGUCAAGAUCAUUUUUAAAUUCAAUUAGAACAUUUGAUUUUUAUAAGAAACUAAUUGAGUUUGUUAAAUUUGCAGAUGUAGGAACUGAAAUUGAAGAUUAUAUGACACAAGAAAUAAAAAUAGCAUGUGAAAAAGAUAGUGAAAGAUUCUUUGAUUCAUUAGCAUUACCAGAAGUAUAUUUUACAAAUCAAAAAAUAAAUAAGAAAAUAAAAGAAGAAUAUAAAAAAAUAGUUGAUGAGAAGGUAUAUAAGAGAGAACAGAUACAGGAUCUGAUAAUAAGAUCAGUAGAAAGUAUAAUAAAAGAAAUUGAAUAUGAGAAAGUAAGUUAUGUAAAUUUACUAAUAAGCAUAUUAACACAGUCAAAAAUAGAAUUAGAUUCAAAAGAGGAAAUUAAAAAUGAAAAGAAUAUAAAAGAGGAUCCAAAUUUGAUAAACUCAUUAAUUUUAUUAGAAGAAAUAAAAAACAAAAAUAUACUACUAGAAGAAAGAAUAAUGUAUUAUGAAGAAAAACUUUUACAAUUGAAAACCAAAAACAAUAAGAACUUGUUAAUAUUUGAAAUGAGCAAAGAAAUCUAUGAAAAUCUAAAGAAUUGA